AUGGUGCAGCGGUUGACAUACCAUCAUAGGCUUUCCUACAAUACAGCCUCUAACAAAACCAGGCUGUCCCAUACCCCUGGUAACAGAAUUGUUUACCUUUAUACCAAGAAGGUUAGGAAAGCACCAAAAUCUGCAUGUGGCGUGUGCCCAGGCAGACUUCGAGGGGUUCAUGCUGUGAGACCUAAAGUUCUUAUGAGGUUGUCUAAAACAAAAAAACAUGUCAGCAGGGCCUAUGGUGGUUCCAGGUGUGCUAAAUGUAUUCGUGACAGGAUCAAGUGUGCUUUCCUUAUUGAGGAGCAAAACAUCAUUGUGAAAGUGUUGAAGGCACAAGCACAGAGUCAGAAAGCUAAAUAAGAAAAUGGGGGCGGCACCUGUGGCUCAGUCGGUAAGGCGCCGGCCCCAUACACCCAGGGUGGCGGGUUCAAACCCGGCCCCAGCUGAACUGCAACCAAAAAAUAGCCGGGCGUUGUGGCAGGCGCCUGUAGUCCCAGCUACUUGGGAGGCUGAGGCAAGAGAAUCGCUUAAGCCCAGGAGUUGGAGGUU